AUGUCUUUAAAAUGGACUGGAAGUGAAACCGGUAUUCUCCGCAAGAGUGACUUCAAAGAGAAGAAAGAAGAGCUAUUUGUGUUUGGUUACUCGUGCAAAUUGUUCAGGGACGAUGAGAGAGCCCUACACAUUGAUCAAGGCAAACAUCUGAUUCCGUGGAUGGGAGACGAAUCCUUGAAAAUCGACAGGUACGAUGGAAGAGGUGCUCUGCAUGACUUGCGGUCACUUGAAGCUCCGCCUGGUGGAUAUGACUGGAGGGUGGAACUAACAAGGGCAGAGCUGGACGUGGAGCAACUGUGUGAUGAAGAACGCUACAGAGCCCUGCAUACUGAUGAAGAUGAGGAGGAGAUGUACAAAGAAGAAGAGUUGAAACGCUUACAUGCAGCUGGCUAUGGCCAAGUUGGCUUUAACUAUGAUACCCCUCAAAAAACUGAAACAGAACCUGUUAUCACAGAAGUCGAAGAACCAUUCAUACCAUCAGAUGGAUUAAAAGCACUCUUACCACAGGAUAUAGUGUUUCCAGAAACACAAAAGCAGAAUGCAAUAAUAGAGAAGACUGCCAAUUUCAUAGCAUCUCAAGGCACACAAAUGGAGAUAUUGAUAAAAGCAAAACAAGGAGAAAAUCCACAGUUUAAGUUCCUCAACAAAGACGCUACACUGCAUGCUUAUUACAUGGCUCUCAUUGCUCUCGUGAAAGCAGAUAAAUGGCCGGAGAAAAAACAAGAACUUAUUGAAGAAAAGCCACCAGAAGUCCAAGAUGAGUACCUGCAUCCAAGUUUGGCGGCAACUAUUAUAGAAUCGGCACCAUCGAUUCCAAGCAUACAAUACAAGCCCUCAGCCGACUGUGACUACACGAUGCUCAUAUCAAAAAUGCGGGGUGAAGCAACGCUUGAUGAGACCUACGCCCCCGAACUAGCCCCAGGGGAGGUGGCCCCGCCGGGAACGGAACCCCUACCUCUUCAGAACAAUGCCCAGAUCUCUAGAGCUCCAGUCAUGUACAAUCAAAAUGAUCAUGCUGCAGCAGCGUAUCAACAGUACGCAGCAUAUUAUCACCAAUACAUGGCGCAGAGUCAAGUUCAAAUGCAAGUGCAAGAGGCGCAACAAGUUCCAUCGCCAGCUAACUCUACCAAAUCCACCGGACUCAGCCUCAUGAAGAACUACAACACCGACAGCGAUACUGAUGCAUCGGAAUAUGAUGAUUCUUCAUCCAGUGACGGUAAAGAUAAGACUCCAAUAGUGAAACCGCCCGAAAACGUCAUCCUCGUAAUAGAGAAGAUGGCAGCGUACGUCGCGCGAAAUGGCGAUGAAUUCGCAGAUAUAGUGCGCGCUAAGAACGAUCCGCGCUUUACCUUUCUCGACCCUGGGAACGUGUAUUAUCCUUUUUAUAUGAAACUAAUGCAUCAGAAGAGGGGCGUGGGGAGUUCAAAAGAGAGGAAGAAACAAAAAGCUCCAGUGUCAUUUUCAAUAAAGAAAGUCAAAGAUCCAGAUCCCAUUCUACCGAAACCAGCUUUGCCCUAUGAAUCAAGUUCCGAUGAUGACGAGAAAGAUCAGCAACUAAAUAAUGGCGAAACUAAUGAUGUUACUAACAACACUCCACAAAUAUUACCAGUUAAUAACAUCCCUCCAAUUGCUAUAUACAAAAUUGAAACUACACUAGAGAACAAUUUACCACAAGUCAAAACGAUAGAACAUCAACCGGCUAUCGAAGCUGUAGAGACAUGUGCAGAUCCAGAAAAAAAACCCCAAACUACCACUGAACCAACACCAGACUCUCAACCAGCUAAAUUAACGCAACCUGAAGAAAAAACACCUGAAAAAGAGUUACCGAAAGAAUCAAUAGAUGAAGAAGAACCCAGGCCGCGCGAUAAAAAGAAACGUAGAUCAAAAUCGGAGAGUAGAGAUUCUCGAAAGGAGUACGAUAGGGAGAAGAAAAGAGAAAGAGAAUCGAGAAGAGACAAUGACAGGGAUAGACAAGAUGAUAGGCAAGAGAGGGAAUCUAAGAGAGAAAGGUAUGAAUCGAGACGCGAUAGGGAUGCGGAGAGAAGAGCGAGAGACGAGAGGGACAGAUAUAGGGAAGAGAAAGAGUUAAAAAGGGAAAAUGAUAGGCAUAGAAAGAGAAGGAAACGGACUGAAGAGAGAGUGGAGAGUGAGAUAAUAAAUUUAGAGGAGUACUCGGACGAUAUGAUAGAUUUGACUGGCGAUCUAUCUGACAGUAAAGUUGAAAUGGAUUUAGAAACGGAUCGCACAAAGCAACAAGAGCGCAGGCGCAGGGCGGCGGAGUUUCUGAAGAAAGUUGGCGUAGAUCCGUCGGCCGCUGCGUUGCCCAACACUUCAUUAGCAAGCGCUAUGGUGGACACAUUGGAGUCGUUGAAAAAGAAGAAAGCAGAGGAAGCCGAGAAGAGACGUAGAAGGGAUAAGAGAAGGAAACGGGAUAAAUAUGGUUACGAUGAGACCGACCGCCAUCGCAGAAAACGAAGGAAAAAUAGAUCAUCGGAUGAAGAUGAUUCGGACUGUGAUGGAUCUAAAAAGAGACGUCAUAAGAAAGAGAAAAAACAGUCAUCAAAGAACAAGAGAAAGAAGCGUCACGAUUCCGAUACGGAGGAAGAAUUACCCACAAUUAAUAUCGACCUUACGAACACAUUAAAGGAAUUAAGAAACGCAUCGCCAACUAAGGAGUUUGGGUUAGAGGUUAGCAAUCAGAAAGAGACAGAAGACAAAGCCAAAAAGAAGAAAGAGAGAGAAUACAGCGAGGGGGAGUGGUCUAGCGAUAGUGAUGAAGAUUCCGAAAAUAUGAGCGAAUGA